CGAAAGCCGAGUCAAGCGGAAAUUCCUUUUCUCAAGGAGCGAGCAUCUCGCUUUACUUUUCUGACAACUUCUGUGGGUGGGCGUCUCGAAAACGAGACUCCGACUCCUGUUCACACGCCCUCCUUCAAGUCUCGCGAUGAUCGCGACUCUCGUCUUUUCGUAGCUGGGUCACGGCGCCGGUUUCGAUCGUCACCUUGCAGAUUUUUCGUUCGCAGAGUCAACGUCAUGGACACUCGCUCGCUGACGGGACUGUAAAAGAAAGAAACAUCGAAGGGUCUUCUCCACCAUUUCCACCCCAUUUCAGGUUGGCAACCACGGCUCUGCGUCGCCUUCAGUUUCUCGUUUGACAAAAACCACACACGCGUGACUCGUCUUCUCACGGAUUUGAGUGUGUCUUUUAAAAUUUGUUUUGAGGAGAGACCGUUUCUGCGUCCGGUUGUGCCCUCUUCCUCCACCGAGAAGGCGCCAGAUUUCCGGGGCGAAUGCACAGUUUCCGGAGUCCUCACAGAGUCCUCCGGCCAAGCCUGGAAACAGGUCGAGUGCCUCUGGAAUAGAAAACAAAAGUCGAGGGAAUAAAGCUACGCAGAAGAUGCCUCUUUUUUACUCCCGUCUCCCGUUUUUGCGUGCGGAGAGAAAGAAGGACUUUCCUGCGCGAACAAGGAGACCUGGCUGUCCACGCUUGCUUCUCCGCCUCUCAGCUGUCAGGACGUCGCAGAUGCUUGUCUCCCUCCCUCCCUCUAAAGUCCUCUCUUCCUUUUCGCGUGUGUCUAGGAGAGAGGGAGCUUCGAAAUUCACAGCCUGUUGUCUCACAAUCCACUGAAAGGUCUGUGUCUCGGCUCUAGCCUCAGCAGCCUGCCCUCCUCCCCCGCGAGCAAGGACAUGCAGGGCGCGGUCAACGAAAUCCGUGGAUUCUCUACGGCGGCACCUAACGCAGGUUCCACAGUUGUUUUCGGGACUCUUCUUUUUGUUCGCAGCUCGGCCAUCGCCUCCGCUUCCUGUUCUGUCGAACGCCUCGUUUGUGCGUCCAUGUGCUCUGCUUUCUGGUUGUCUCCGACACAAUGAAGGCGCCUGCCCCUGCGGCUUUCUCCUUUUCGAGGACGGACGGCGCCUUCGCUUCCUCCUCUUUCCCCCUCUGCCGCUCUCGCGCUUCUCUCCACGCCCAAAGUUCGUCUGUCGCCUCUCCCUUCCAUCGUCACUCCUCUUUUUCGCACUCUGUCGCGGCUGUUUGCCCUCUUCUUCCCGCUGAGCUCUCUUUUACGCGGUCUUCUCGCCGUUCUGUCUCAUCGUCUUCUCCUCUCACUGCUUCGUUCCGUCGGAACAAGGACCCCAGCGUGCGACUCGGAGCCUCGCGUCGCCUCCGUCUUCCCUGCGCGUCUCCUUCCUCGUCUCCUUCCUCGUCUCUCCGUGUCUCUCUGCUUUCUUCGUCACUCCUGCCGCCAUCUUUGUCCCUGUCUGUUAUCCGUCGUCUCCCUGGAGGUUCGGGAGGACCUGCGCGCCUCCCCCCUGGUCACUGUCUGUGCUCGAUCCACAGUACUACCUCGCCUUCCCCUUCUGUGUCGCCUCAGUGUCCGGCUUCGUCAUCUUCGGCUUUGAAUCGUCGUUUUUCUUCCUCUUGUCCUCUCUCUUCUUCUUCUUCUCCCUCUCCGUCUCUCUCUCUGCGCGAGUCUUCCCUCUUGUUUCGAGGCGAAGACCGUCGGUAUUUGCCGCGCAUCGGGGCGGCCGGAGCGGUGUUGCGGUUCGUCCAUAAUUCGCUCUCAGAUCGCUGGUGCGUCGUCGCCAAGCCUCCCGGAUGGUCUCUUGAAGCGACGAGCUCCCGGCCCUCCGUCCGCGCCGUCUUGCAGCCUCUGCUGGACACCGCAAUUGUGGCGCGUGCAUGCGCGAUUCAAACAGGCUUCUGGGCGGAGACAGAAGACCGUGGAACGCAGAGGUCGCCCCGCAGCCGAAAAGACAGCAGCGGCUCAAGUCUUGGAAAGGCAAUGCGAGAAGCAGUCGAAGGCGAAAUGGAGGAGCACGAGGAGACGAAAGGCAUCUUCUUUCCUAUGCAGCUCGAUGCAGACGCCCAAGGACUCCUCCUGGUGGCAACAGACGAGGCAAUGCAUCGCCAGCUGCGGAGCAUGUUGCAGGACGGGCAUGUUCGGAGGGAUUUCCGAGUCUUAGCCGACUUGUCCACCCUCGUCGCGCCCUGUCCUCACUCUGCCGUUUCUCACUCCGCAUGCAGUUUGCCGACAGCCUCUCUUCGCUCACCCGGAAAGUCACCUGCUUCUGUCUCCCUGGAAAGCUUACCUGACGCGUCAGAUUCGCCGACAUCAGCUUCCGCUUUCGAGAAUGCCUCUUCUUCUCAUGCCUCUUCUUCAUCUCGACCUUCUUUCUCUUCUUCCUUUCCUUCUGAGGACGUGCAGUUUUUUGUGGGAGGACGAAAGAGAAGGAGUUGCGGCGGGAAGGGAGACGCCAAGGGUCCGAGAGAAGAGCGCGCGUCUCGGUGGACUUCUGGCCUGCCUUUCUUCGCGUUUCCUCUCCGAUGGCAGUGGUCCCCGACAGAGCGGCUCUUGGCUGCGCAUGCAGUUCGCUCGGCAGCUAGCCAGUGCAUGCAGUCGAGCGCCGGACGCGAGCGGAGUGUCGCCGCUGUGGGUCUGCAUGCAGUCGACGGUUCAGCUCCCUCUCAACCUGGCUCCUUCUGCAGAGGAGGGAGAGCGAGGGGAGGAGGCGAGGAAGUCCGCGAAGAGCGCGGGAGCGAAGGCGAAGGGAGAAGCUCUUCGCCACUUGACCGGGAAGGAGCUCGAGAGGCAGGUCGAAGGCCAACCGCAGACGGGCAAGAGAGGAGAGAGGCGAAAGAGACCGAUUGGGGAGACGAGAGCACGAGUCGAGAGGGGAAAGCUCGUGUGAAAGACGGAGAACGGUGUCGAAAAGGGAAGCAGAAACAAUACGGCGCUUCGAUGUUUUCUCGCGACUCGAACCAGUUCGCAUUUCCUGCCUCGACUGAACUGCGCGGCUGCCUUCGCCUCUGGGAUCCACGCACGGGAGAACUUUACAAGAGAGGGAAGCUGAAGUCAUGCAUUUCCGCGAAACAUGUCAAGUUGAGACUCAGAGACCUCCCUGAGGUGAAUCGUCUGGAAACGCCAACGGACCGCCUUCUCCGAGCGAUUCAGAAGGCUUGGUCUGGUCGCGGGAGCAAAGAGGAGACUAAGCGUCUCCCCAAAAGUGAACCUUCACUUCGCUCUGCUCUGCAGACUUCUGGGAACGACCGAGCGAGGCCUGAUGCCGAGUUGAAGCGCCGCGAAGUUCUUCAGCUUCUGGAUGGAUCCUAUGUCCCUCGCAGCUUGUCGGCGGUUCUCUCGCAAAACGCGCUCGCCCACUCGUCUGUCUUCUCCUCGUCUGCCUCUGCCGUCCUCUCCGAGCACGUGGAAGAUCUCCUGCCUGGACUUGACUCGGCACAGGCGCUUCGACUGCUUUCAGAUCGGCGCCUGCUGCCGUCGCUGCGGCUCGUAGGCGCGUCUUCUCUCGCAGCCAGCAGCUGUCUGGCACAGACGAGCUUCCGUCUUCUUUCCGUAUCUCCUGCAAGAACGCUCGACGGCGUUCUCCGACUCCUGGGCCUCUAUCGUGUGCAGACGCAAGAGCCUCCACGGUCGCAUCAGAUAAGGGUUCACUUCAGUGAGGCGGGAUGUCCCGUCGCCAACGACGCGCUUUACCACCCGUCCUUCUCGACAGACUUCAGACGCAAGAUUCUCGUGUCUCCUUCCUUUCCCGGUGGCGAGGCGGAGAUGAAAGAAAAACGCAUGCCGGAGACCGUUUGUGCUGCUCGUGGUCUCCCUGAGGAUCCAUUUGGUCUGGAGGGUCCUGCGGAUGGAGAAACGGAAGCCGUUGCACCUUGGUCGCUUCCUUCGACCCUCUCUGAACCGCAUAGGAACGAAGACGGAUGUCUUUCAGCGGACAAGGAAGCCACGAGCUUUCCUGUCUCACGCGAGGGUCUCUCGGCCUCGGAAAGUUUGAAUUUCAGUCAAGGAAGCAUGUUUCCGUCUGCUGCAGUCCGAGAGGAUGAUGGCAGAUGGACGGGAGAUUCGAACAUGUCAAGAUCUCGUGGAGAGCCUCAACUCGCUGCAAACCGGCGAAACUGCCCUCCUGCGUCUGAAGCGAAGGAGGAGACGUUGUCUGGACAUCGCCAUCUACCACAUGUGGGCGGUCUUCUCGCCUACGACCCUCUGGAAGAAGUUUUUCCCUCCUUCUCGAUUUCUCGUCCCUCGCAGACGGAAACCGACAAUGCAUGUUUGACUCCGACAAGUGAAGCCAGAAAUCACAAAAACGAAGGUCGAGGCCGUGGCGAAGCGAGCGCGGGAGACUUGGGAUCGAACGGGAAACACAGCGACGGCGCGAAGUGUAAAUUGCCUGAACACGCUUGUGAGGUCGCACCGAAAGAUUCGUUUGAAGCAGAUGGAUUUAGCGCAUACCCCUCUCUUAGUUCCAGCUUUAGCAACUUCGAGAGUGGCUCUGCGUCUGUGUCUCCGAUCGAUGCACCUUCGCCGCCAUCGCCGUUUUCUCCGUUCCACGAGGACAGAGAAGGGAGGCUUUUCUUGGAUCCAACAACGCUCUCGCAGACGUAUGCCACCGAGCAUGACCGGCAGUCCGGCGUGUGUGCGUCGCUCGGUGUCCAGCUGUUUCGUCUAACCAUGGUAGAUCCUCUGAAGCCGCGGGACCGAGUUACUGAGGAGUUGGUUUUUGAGUUAGACACGCCGCCAGAGUGGGCGGGUAUCCACGAUAUCAACCAGUCAGAGGAACUGAAGUUGUGGGAGAAGGCGGGAGAAGAAUUUACCGCUUCUGUCCCUCAACGCAAACACACAAUCGACGCAUUCUCCCCGCUACCGGAACAACUCACCGACGCGUGAGUCUCCGGGAAAGAGUCAGAGAAGUAGGGAAUACUAAAACCGCAUGUCGGAACGGAAGGUGUAGGAAUAAAAGGGAAGGAUCGGCGGAUCAGCAGAUAAUCGCAGAAGGCGAGACACGCAUGGCGUGCUCAAGGUCAUCCAGGCGGCGAGGGACUUUCAUAUAUCGUGGGGGGAUGAAGUGGAGUCAGCCACAAACGACGUUUCUUCCAAAGUUUUUGCUGAGCAAGUGAAUGCGGAUGUGUGCACAGAGAAGGUGGAACGAAGAAAGAACGACGACAGCAGUGCGACACAGAGUGACAAAGAACUUGUGAGAAGAGUGGCAGACGCUCUACACGUUUACGAAUGUUGCUCCUGCAGUGGCACAAGCCGAACAGCUGUAGGUGUUUCGUGUGUAGAGUUCUCGCUGUUUACCGCACUCUUGAGAGAACUGCUUGAGGUUAACUAUGCGAAGGAGAACGGCAUUUGUAUGGUGUGACAACUCACAGUGUUACAGGUAACAAGCCCCCGUGUUUUGUGUCGUGACGUUGGUACUGGGCUUUUGAAGCAGAACGAACUGACGGCACCUUUAGCACACUGCUACAACUCUGAAUAUCAAAUGUGGGACCUGUCUAGGCAUAACUUGUUCGUUUCCAGCUUCCCACGAAGAUGC